CCUCUAGGUUGUUUUGACACACUUUCUUCCACCACAAUUUGACUAGUCAUCCAUCAUUUAAUACUAACUUGCCCAACAAGACUCGCUGUGUAUACCAGCAUCACACCCCAAUUGCCAUUCCACGCCGGCGAUAACCGGAUCGGUCCACCCAAGUACGCGGUCUAGACGCUCAUUGAGCGAUGGUUCGCUUGGCGACAUCGAACUGUGCUGUCAGAAUUGGCCGCUAGACCUUCCUGGUGUGCUUGGUUGACACGGAAAUCACUGUUUUUCUCGCACUCCAAGCGUGUGGCUUCCACCCCCCGUUAGCGCGAAGCUUCCAUAUCUACACUCAAUAAACCUCCCACGAAACCUCAUAUUUGCCCAUCAUGGACCCCAGCAAUCAGAGUCUCCUCGAUAAGUCCCGUGGCUCCUACGACAGAGACUCUGAAGACGGCUCCGACAUUGAUGUCACCGACUACCUACCACGAAAUGACCAGAAAGAGGAAUCGUCGUUCCCGAAACCCGCUUUCCUUUCCACCAGGCUUCCCGGCUGUCUCGCGACAUUCAAGAGGGCCUGUCAUGGACGCUCACGAUUAUGCCUACUCGUCACCGCCCUCGCUGUCAUCAUGUGGAUCAUCAUCAGCGCCGGAGGUGCCGUCAUGUACAGCAAGUUCAAGAGCGCUCCGCCCACUGGCCAGUCGCCGCCCUGGUACCCGACUCCGAAGGGUGGUAUAUCCAAGAACUGGGCCAAGAGCUACAAAAUUGCCGGCGAGAUGGUUUCCAAGAUGACGCUCCCGGAGAAGGUCAAUAUCACCACUGGAACCGGCUGGAUGAUGGGUCUCGCAGUCGGUACGACUGGUCCCGCCGUUCACGUUGGUUUCCCCCAGCUCCAAUUGCAGGACGGGCCGCUCGGCAUCCGGUUUGCUGACAAUGCAACUGCCUUCCCUGCUGGCGUCACUGUUGGCGCUACCUGGAACCGUGAGUUGAUGUACGAGCGAGGCAAAGCACACGGACAAGAGGCGCGGGGCAAGGGAAUCAAUGUGCUCCUGGGGCCUUGCAUCGGCCCUCUUGGCCGCUUGCCGGCUGGUGGUCGCAACUGGGAAGGAUUUGCCGCCGACCCGUACUUACAAGGCAUCGCUGCUGCCGAGACGAUCAAAGGCAUCCAGGAGCAGGGCGUUAUGGCGACCAUCAAGCACUUUGUGGCAAACGAACAAGAGCACUUCCGUCAGAGUUGGGAAUGGGGUCUACCCAACGCCAUUUCGAGCAACGUUGGGGACCGGGCUAUGCAUGAGCUUUACGCGUGGCCAUUUCUCGAUGCCGUGAAAGCAGGCGUCGCGAGCGUCAUGUGUAGUUAUAACAUGGUCAAUAACUCGUACGCGUGCGGCAAUUCCAAGCUUCUCAACGGCAUUCUGAAGGACGAAAUGGGUUUUCAAGGAUUCGUCAUGAGUGACUGGCUCGCGCAGCGUUCGGGUGUUGAUAGCGCUUUGGCCGGACUGGACAUGACCAUGCCCGGCGAUGGACUGUUUUGGUCGGACGGUAAGUCUCUCUGGGGCCCCGAGCUCACCAAGGCCGUCUUGAACGGAUCCGUCCCCGUCGACAGACUGGAUGACAUGGUUGUACGCAUCGUUGCCUCGUGGUAUCAGCUGGGACAGGACGACAAGAAACUGUUCCCGAACGAGCUCCCCAACUUUUCCUCGUGGACCGACGACAAGAUGGGAACGCUGGCUCCUGGCAGCAAAACUCCUCAGGAGGAGUUUGAGGUCAACAAGUACGUCAACGUGCAGAGUGAUCACUCGGACGUGGCGCGCCGUGUCGCUGCUGAGGGCACAGUCUUGCUCAAGAAUGAGAACGUUCUGCCUAUCAGUAGAGACGGCUUCAUUGAUGCCAAGCGCAAGCGCCACGAAGGGAAGCUGAAGAUUGGAAUCUAUGGCGAGGACGCCGGCCCCGGCAACGGACCCAAUUACUGCAAGGACCGCGGUUGCAACCAGGGCACGCUCGGCUCCGGAUGGGGCAGCGGCGCAGUUGAGUUUCCCUACCUCGUAGCUCCAGUGGAGGCCCUGAAGAAGGCCUUCAAGUCUGAAAAGGUUGAGCUGUCCGAGUUUCUCACCAACUCGCCCCCGUUCAAGAAGGACCCAUCCAUCUUGCAUGACCAGGAUGUCUGCAUCGUUUUCGCCAACGCGGACUCGGGUGAGGGCUUCUUGUCUUGGGGCGGCAUCAGCGGAGACCGAAACGACCUCAAGCUACAAAAGGGCGGAGACGACCUCAUUCUCCAGGUCGCCGAUAACUGCGGCAAGGGCGAUGGCAACCCGGUUGGUGGUGAUACUAUCGUAGUCAUUCACUCGGUUGGACCCGUCGAGAUGGAGCGAUGGAUCGAGCACCCUGGCGUCAAGGCGGUGCUCUAUGCGAAUCUGCCCGGACAAGAGAGUGGGAACGCUCUCGCGGAUGUCAUCCUCGGCGAUGUGAACCCCAGCGGCAAGCUGCCGUACACGAUUCCCAAAUCGUUGAAGGACUUUGGACCGGCCGGGCAGAUUCUGUAUCUGCCCAACGGUGUUGUGCCUCAGCAAGACUUCUCCGAGGGGUUGUACAUCGACUACCGCCACUUUGACAAGCAGGAGAUUGAGCCUCGCUUCGAGUUUGGGUUUGGCUUGUCAUACACAACUUUUGACUUCUCCAACGUUGUUGUCGAGGGUGUCAAGCCCAAGAGCCCACUCCCAGCGGCCCGCCCGCCGCCGGCUGCCGAACCGCCGAAAUUCAGCGACAAGAUACCCGACAAGAAGGAGGCGUUGUUCCCCGAGGGCUUCCGGAAGCUUGAGAAAUAUGUCUACCCGUACCUGGACACCGUGGACGACAUCUCGACGGAGCCGUACCCCUACCCAGAGGGCUACGACGUGGAACAACCCCUCUCGGAAGCCGGUGGCGAGGAGGGCGGAAACCCGGAUCUGUGGGAGACAUACGUCACCGUCAAAGCGGAUGUAACCAACACCGGUGCCGUCGCCGGCAAGGUCGUGCCCCAGUUGUACCUCACCUACCCGAAGGAUGUCCCCGGUGUGGACUUUCCCGUCAAGGUGCUCCGUGGAUUCGACAAGUUCAACCUGGAAAAGGGCGAGAAGAAGACUGUGACGUUCAACCUGACGCGCCGCGACCUCAGCUACUGGGAUGUCCACCGCCAGAAUUGGGUCAUGGUCACGUCUGGGGAGUACUCGUUUCUCGUCGGCGAGAGUUCGAGGCAGCUUUCCAGAGUUGGCAGCUGGUAGUCUGCUUUUCUGGGUUCGAUAGUUGGGAAGGUUAUCGGCGCUCAGUAAUGGGAAAAUAUAGGUAGUGAAGGUCACAGGAUUCAUUUGUUGAACGCCGCUCACGUAAAGGGUCGCGAGUGCGGCGAGCGUGGUCACGCAUUCUCGUGGGUGUAAAUGUAAAUAUGUCACGCAGGAUAUUGCCGACCGACACCGCUUUCCGGAACGACGUCGCUUAUUAAUCCGACCCUCGCUCCUGAAUAUGGAUACUCGCGGCGGAAUCCACCAAGCGAGGCAAUAUUUAAGGAACGUGGAUUAUAGCACAAUAGAUAGAAGAAACAAGCCACUUUCAACUACAUGAAUUGCCCCCUAAACGCACUGCUUGAUGAUAA